AUGGAUCCAUUGUAUGAUGGAAGUGUUCACCUUGACUCAGAUCGAAACGUUAAUUUUUCCUCUGGAAAUAAGAUCCUGAAUGAACUAACACAGCUUGUAAAGACGAAUGAGCCAUUAUCUGAGAUACUACAAGCUCCGGACUAUGUUCUCGAUCAUUUCUCCAACCUUUUUCCAGAUAUCGUACAAUCAAACAGUGUUGGCAAACUUCAUAAAGAUGACUUUAAACUAUGGGAGAAAUCAAAUAAUGAUAUUAAAAUAGAACUGGACCCAAAUCCCAACGCCAUGGACGAUAGUGAUGGUUUCGAUGUAUACAUUGGUGGACCAGCGGCAUUAACUGGUGCAGCCUUACAAGCGAGAUCCAAGCAAAAUCCACAGAAGGUGCUGUAUGGUCACAAUGGUAAAUUGGGAGUGUCAAAUUGGAAGGGUUCAGCAUCUUAUGUCCACAUACGGGAUGCAGUUCCGGUCUACUACUGGCCGAAUAACCACGGAGUAUACCUUACGUAUGCAACAGUUAAACAUUUUUUACAGCGUUACUUACAACCAGAUAAAUACAUGAAAGAUAUUUGUGAGGAUCCGCACUGGAACAAACUACGCUUCAACUUUAUUAACUUUCUAAAAGAACCAAGCAUCCUCAAAAUUUUUGCAAAGAACCAAAUUAAGGCAUUGCAAGAUGUUGGUCUUCAUAUUCAAGGAACUGCUCUAAAUCCUCCUGAAAAGACGACUGCCCAUGUAUCGUGCCAUCAUGCAAGCUUAACUCAAGAAAUUCUAGAUGAACUUAAUGCCUCUAAACCAUUCUUCCUGAAAUCCAAUAAAGACGCCUAUGCGCUUAGUGUGUUCUUAGGAUCGAAAAAGGAGGUUGCAGAAACAGCUUCCGUGUUUAACCAUAUAAAAAGAGAUGCUGGUGGCAAUAUACUCGAAUACAGAUUCCUCCAUGUAGACGAAAUUAAAGAGAGAGGAUACGAUCCUAAUUUCGUCCCCAAAGCAGCUGCAUUUUCCAACGAUGGUUAUCUUCCACCUUAUAUUGGUACCGACAUGCUCAAAAUGAUACGAGACGAAGGAGGGUUUGUGAACGAAAAACUACAGCUUUUGAAAAUUUUGGUUCAGCUUGAAAAAAAUGGUGACGUCACAGUGACAAAAAUCGUUUGGAAGCAUACCGAAAGCGGGGAAAUUAAAACCACACCAGUUAAUACACUCUAUCUGUCACUUGGUCCAUCCAUGAAACGACUGGAAGUGUGUCAGCCAUCCGAAAAUCAACUGAAAGACAUCCUCAACACAUCAGAUUCAAUAGCAAGUCCAAACCCUUUGGUUCCUUCCAAGAUCAGCAAGAGUUUAAAUAAGAUAAAAUCUCAAAAUUUGCUAAAGAAAAUGAUGCAUGCAUCUGGAAUGUCGAUUGUGUUCAUAGUUCGUGUGGACAAGGCAAUUGUUCCCGAGUCGAAGAUGACAAGGUUUCGAGAUCACAUCGAUGGCCACAAUAAACAUAUUGUCCGUUUAUCAGAAAAACAAGUUCAUAUUGGAGAGAAAACCUAUCAGUAUUUCGUUCUACAAACGACCGGUGGGGGAUAUUUCCCUUCCAAAGAAGUUCAUGCCGAAACUGGUCUAAAUAUCAUUAAAGCCAACGCUAUACCACUCCUUGGUCUAAAUGAUGAAGGAGUAGAAUUUGACAUUCUUCAAGCUAGAAGUUGUGCCCGAGGAGUUACUGCACAAAAUGUGUUCCGAUUCGCAGCACCAGCGUCUAAUAUGGUGAUGAUUUAUGGGAUAGGGGGAAUUGGAAUGACAACAAUGGCACCAAAUGCACUGCUUAUGAAAGCCAUCAUGACUCUACGGAAGAGACUAGCAUCGGGAACAAUGUCGGUAUCCGAGUUCCAACAAAGACUGAAGACAAGUCAGUUUGUAGGUAUACCACAUUGGAAUAAACCGAACCCCUUCAAACGAAACUACGCACAAUUCAUGGACAAUCCAAAUUUGAUUUCUCAAAAAUUGGGAGUAGUUGCGUCAUUAGGAAAGCAAAUUUCCAACAGGUAUACGAGGUUGGGUAUUAAUACAGAUGAUCGACCACAGCAGACUAAAAGCAUUCCCAAUUCUCUGAUUAAGAGAGCUCGAUCUAUCUCUAGAUACUUUCAUAAAUAGGCUCAUGAAUAGUUGUCCAGGACAUCAUAAACAAACAAGUGUGGAUUUAUUAUCACUAUAAAUGUAUAAAAUAUUACCACAAAUACAUGCAGUUAUUUUUUUUAAUAUGUUACGUUAAUAGAUAGAAUUUCCAUAUCAAAUCAAAAUUUAGCUAACAAAUAAGAUGACAAGAAAAGGAUAUGUUCGGAACAUUGCUAAAUAAAGAAAUUACAUUUACAUGUGACUGGUUUUACAUUGUUCUUGGGAAAUAAGUUUAAUUUUAGUGAUAAGCAUCGAAUUUAAGUCUUUUUUUGCCCUCAGAAUUUCAGUGAUAUUUAUAUUGAGUACUGUUCGAUGAUGUACAUGUAUUUUUGUUUGAACAUUAUGUAUAUUCACAUUUCUGAUCAUGAAAUUUCUCUGCCCUAUUAUAUUCUCUCCAAUAAAAAUAUUUAAUAAAC